GCUGUGCUGUGACUCAUGAGCGCUACAGCUGCAGCGUGGGCUUUGAUCUCUAUUGCAGUAGCGCAGUAUGUCCGGCAGGGGGCGCGCUCGGAUACACACAGCUGAUUGCCGGUCCUGCAGGCACAUUCGGGCACUGGCUGCAGCCCGGUAGGAUCGCGGAGGGGUCGGUAGCAGUGAGCUGGUUCCAGAUGUGAGCGGCACCGGCUGGGAUUCUGAUCGCUUUUGCUUAGGCCCGGCUUGUGUGCGUCACACAGGAGGGAAGGGGCUUUUUAUUCGGUGACACGGAAGUUUUCUGCGGCGAUGUCGUUCAGCCCGUGGCAAGUGCUGUCCCCCGUGCAGUGGGCAAAGUGGACCUGGUCCGCGGUUCGGGGAGGCGGAGGAGCCGAGGAGGAGGAGGAGGAGGAGCGGUCCCAGGAGUCUGGCUCAGAUUCCGAGGGAAACUUUGACACACCCGAGGCGGCUACUCCGAUCCCAUCACCUGUAAAGGAGCCAGUGCCAGAUUUGAAAGAUGAUAUCACUCGCCUCGUAUCUGAAUUAUCGGUGAAGGACAAUAACAAUUCCUGCAACGAUGGCCAUGAUACAAAGCCGGUACCAGGGCAAAGGAGCCGUGCUGAUCCACAAGCCGUAAAGUGCCACUUGGAUUUUGACAGCUUUUCUGAUGGACCAGAAAUAAAUGGCAAUGAUGGCCCUACAGAGGUCAACAGUGUCCCAGAAAACUCUGUAAAUAAGAUAACUGAUCGGGAAGCUGUAGAAUCAUCCGUGGAUGCACUGGAUUUGACAGACAAUGGACGUAAAUUGAAGGACGGGCAGCCUCAAUCACACACUGACACAGAAUCAAACAAUUUGCUCCUGGAAGACAUCAAGAACUCCAACUGUUACACUGAAGACUUGAACAGUAAUGCGCUACAGGGCAGUGUCAUUGUAUCUGAUGAAGUUUCUGGUACAGAAGGGACAAAAGAGGACAACAAAGAACCUUCUCAAGGAAGGACAGAAUUGGAUGACAGGGAAGGAUCUAAAAAUUACACGAAAAAAGAUCUACCACGGAAAAACAGAAAACCAGGCAGCAAACUGCCAUCCAGGAUACAAAAGGAAAGUGGCAACAGAAUAGAAACCAACUCAGAGUCUCUUUGUUCAUCAACCGAUUUAGAUAAUGUCCCUCUGCCCCAAACCUCAUAUAACUUUGACCCGAGUCAGUUUGAUGACCCUAAUUUCAACCCAUUUGGAGGAAAGUCCACUUUGCCUCCUUCCCCUUCUCUCCUGAAGAAAUCUUGCAAUUUCAAAGAGGAUUCCGACUAUGAACUUAAUCCGUCUGAAGGCUCAUCAGGACUUGGUGAAUUUGACUCAAGGAAGGAAUUGGGAAGUGCCAAAUCAUCACCAAAGGCGUCAAGACCACGUCUCAUUACGACAUCUGAGCAAGUGAAAUUUCUCUGUUUUAUGUUGAACAGCUGUAAAGUGCAAAAUUAUGAAGGCUCAUCACUCGAACUGGAUGUUUGUGCAGAGGAGGACGCUGCUCCGGCCAGCAUUGACAAGAGGCAGGGUCAUGCAACGGAUGAAGAGAAGCUGGCAUCAGUUCCUGGGCACAAGCCUGAAGAAGAGCAGGAGUUUUUCGAGUGCACCAGUGACAGCAGUUCAGGGAAGCAGCCGUUGGUAGAACAGCCAGCCCCAUCGAGGCCCAGUCCGCUCAUCUGUGGGGCUGGAGGGCGCAGUGCUCUAGAUGGCACCUGUCUGCAUGAGUGUGACCGAGCCGCAUUACUAACCCUGAUCAGGGAGGAGAUCAUUACAAAGGAAACUGAAGUGAAAGACUGGCAGUCAAAGUACGAGGAGAGUCACAAGGAGGUUUUAGAAAUGAGGAAGAUCGUUGCCGAAUAUGAAAAAACCAUUGCACAAAUGAUUGAGGACGAGCAGAGAAGCAAAAUGUCCUCUCAGAAGAGCCUCCAGCAACUGACUACGGAGAAAGAUCAAGCCAUUUCCGAUCUAAACUCAGUGGAGCGAUCUCUCUCUGACCUCUUCAGGCGUUACGAGAACCUCAAAGGUGUCUUGGAGGGCUUCAAGAAGAAUGAAGAAGUUCUCAAGAAAUGUGCCCAGGAUUAUCUGGCUCGGGUAAAGCAGGAGGAGCAGAGAUACCAGGCUCUGAAACUGCACGCUGAGGAGAAGUUGAACAAAGCCAGUGAAGAAAUUGCACAAGUGCGAACAAAGGCAAGUGCAGAGAGUGCAGCCCUGAGUGCAGGACUGAGGAAGGAGCAGAUGAAGGUAGACUCACUGGAGAGAGCAUUGCAGCAAAAGAACCAGGAGAUUGAAGAGCUGACAAAGAUCUGUGACGAGCUGAUUGCAAAGAUGGGACGCAGUGAAUGAGAGAAUUGACCCCCCCCCCAACCUUAAUCCCUCCGCCUCUCUGCUGGCCAGACACAGCAUGGGAAUAGGCCCCAAGCCUUGUCACUUGCACAGAAAAUAAAAACCUCCAGUUCUAAGCUU